CUUACGAGACAGAGGAACUCACCUCAUAGGGAUGGUCUGAUCCAUAACAUCCUGACAAAAACACUGGCAAAGGCCCAAACAAUCAAAUUAUAUAAAACUAUUUAGUCCACCUUUCAAAAGAGACCAAAACCAUGCAUGUACUCCAAAUGGUUCAAAAACAGCUUUAAUUUAACUUUGGGUAUGCCUCUGCUAGGCGUUUUAGGCUAAUUUUACAGGAGCUUUACGUUAUCAGAAUAUACAGAAAAAACGCACUAACAAGAUGCUUAAGGGUUUGAUUACAUGUACAGAUAUCCCCUGUAUCACAGCACACAAGAACUAGAAAACUACAGCCAAAAGCAGCACAGUGUUUCACGAUUUUACUUGUAGUUCAUUCUUUUGAGCGCUCAAGUGCAACCAUUUUACGUCAUCGACUCAGAGUGCAUUGCGCAUGUCACGUAAUGGCGGCCUCCCUAGAUUAAUAUAUGUAUUAAAUAUGAAGGAUUUUGAAAGUAAUGAUCAUAUUUCAUGUGUUUCCAACAAUGUAUUUUAGAAGGAGAGGGCAAUCAUUGCGUCUUCAUAGUCGGGGUUCCUUUUAAGAGGAAAAUGAUGUCACUAAAAAGCCUGCUAGUAAGAAAGACUGAUCUCUUCUAAAGGUGGACGUGAGAAACUGUUUUUGACACCUUUGGCUUUCCAUAGAAAGCUCUCUCUCUCUCUCUCUCUCUCUCUCUGCUGAUAGCUACUUAUCCCUGAAUGCUAGACUUAAUGUUUCUCAGGCGCUCUAAGGAAAAUCCGAGGAGACAAAUGGUGUUUAUAUGGUGUUUGGGGUGGAUGUGGCUCAUCAUUGUAGGCGCUGUUUCUCGGGUGCGCGCUGCCCAUAACCUGCCUCAGUGCGUGGAGGGGGAUUACUACUUUGAGUACACAGAAUGUGACAGCAGUGGCUCCAGAUGGAGAGUGGCGAUACCUCAGAGGCCAGGCGAGUGCAAGGGACUGCCGGACCCUGUGCAGGGCACUGACUGCACAUUCUCUUGUGGAGCUGGGGAGUUUUUGGAGAUGUCUUCUCAAGAGUGCACUCAGUGUGCAGCCGGGUCCUUCUCUCUCGGCAGUGGUAUUCGCUUUGAUGAGUGGGAUGACAUUCCCCCUGGAUUCAGCAGCCUGGAGACAUCUCUUGAUAACACACCAAACAGACAUGAUGGGCCAAGCUGUAACGGCUCCUCAUGGAUUGCUCGUGGUAGUUAUGUGGAGUCGAACCGAGAUGAGUGUAGUGUCUCUCUUGUCUACGCUGUUCAUCUCAAGAAGCCAGGCUCUGUCUCCUUUGACUAUCAGUAUGUGGACAACAACAUCUUCUUCGAGUUCUUUAUUCAGAAUGACCAGUGCCAGGAAAUGGACAAGACGUCUGAUAAGAAAUGGAUGAAGCUGACAAACAAUGGACAGUGGGCCAAACACACUGUUAGUUUGAAAUCUGGUACAAAUGUGCUGUACUGGAGAACCACAGGAGUUACCGUGGGGGCUAAAGUAGUCAAACCAGUGCUGCUAAAGAACAUCCAGAUAGAAGGUGUGGCAUACAUGUCUGAGUGCUUGCCCUGUAAGCCGGGCACGUUCAGUAACACUCCCGGCUCUUCCUCAUGUCAACCCUGCCCCAGAAACACAUACUCAGGCAGAGGAGCCAGCUCUUGCACUCCGUGCGACAUGGACACACACUAUGCAUUGGAGGGCUCUACAGAGUGUAAGCCCAGACCUGCGUGCUCAGACAAAGACUACUUCCAGAUCCACAGUAUUUGUGAUAAAGAGGGCAAGACUCAGGUUAUGUAUAAGUGGAUCGAGCCGAAGAUCUGUUUGGAAGAUGCUCCUGAUGCUGUAACACUGCCCCCUUCUGGUAAACGUGAGCCAUGCCCACCCUGUAACCCUGGCUUUUAUAACAACAACACUGCUACAUGCUCUCCUUGCCCACAAGGAACCUAUUCAGAAGGCCUCAAAGCGUGCCAGCCUUGUCCUGCGGGCACAGAGCCAGCCCUGGGCUAUGAAUAUAAGUGGUGGAACAUUCUGCCCUCUGGCAUGAAGUCGUCGUGCUUCAAUGUGGCCAACACCAAGUGUGAUGGCAUGAAUGGUUGGGAGGUAGCAGGAGAUCACAUUCGUUCUGGAGCUGGAGGAUCAGAUAAUGAUUACCUCAUCCUAAACCUUAAAGUGCCUGGAUUCAGGUUACCAACAUCAGUUAGUGGAAUCAGUGGAACCGAAUUUGGACGCAUCACCUUCGUGUUUGAAACCAUAUGUUCAGCUGAUUGUCAGCUUUACUUCAUGAUGGACACAGACAGACGAAGCACCAAUGUGGUGGAAUCGUGGGAAGGCAGUAAGGAGAAGCAGUCCUACACGCACAUCAUGACUAAGAAUGCAUCUGUGUCUUACACGUGGGCUUUUCAACGCACUAACCAGGCUAAAGAUGGGCGUCAGUAUGUCAACGACAUGGCGAAGAUCUACUCAAUUACCGUAACGAACGCUCUGGAUGGUGUAGCCUGGGAAUGCAGGGCUUGUGCUAUUGAGUCUCAGCAGCCGGGUUCGGCCUGCGUGCCUUGUCCUGCCGGCUAUUAUAUAGACGAAGAAACCAAUCAGUGCCAGGAAUGCCCACCCAGCACUUUCCUCUCAGGACACCACAUAUACGGCCAAGACGCAUGCCAGCCCUGUGGACCAGGUGGCCGCAGCAAUAAGGAGCACAGCUUGUGCUACAGUGACUGCUCGUUCACACACACAGAGCUCAACAGAACUCUGCAGUAUGAUUUCAGUCCCCUGGGCUCCACUGGCUCCGUCAUGAAUGGCCCCAGCUUCACUUCCAAGGGCACCAAGUACUACCAUCUCUUCAACAUCAGCUUGUGUGGGACACAGGGUCACAGGCCUGCGAUGUGUACAGAUAAUGUUACAGACCUGUCUGAUAAAGAUUCUCACAGUGCUGAGGCCAACUAUGUAGAAACCUUUAUCUGUCAAUCAACUAUCAUUCCCUCUGAUGGGCGGGGCUUCAGGACUGCUCUUGCCUCACAGUCGAUCAGUCUGGCAGACACGUUUCUUGGAGCCACAGUGGAGAAAUCACUCAAUGGAGUAAAUGCUAGACCGGAGCUCUUUGCUGCUUCAUCCAAGAGAGUCCCAGACGUCAACUUCUUCUAUCGAUCUCCACAGACGACAUCUUCUUGCCAGAACGGGCGAAAUACAGUACUCACGCUUCGCUGUAACCCUGAGAAGUCCUCUAAAGGAGAAAUAUCGGUACCCAGGGAGUGUCCUGCAGGAACCUGUGAUGGCUGCACCUUCCACUUCUUAUGGGAGAGUUCAAGCGCCUGCCCUCACUGCACUGAGGAAGACUAUCACCAGAUCGAGGGGGCCUGCAAGGGAGGAGUACAGGACACAGUGUAUGUGUGGACAGAGCCACGGCUCUGUACAAGAGGAGUAUCUCUGCCAGCAAAGAGGAGCAAGUCAUGUAAGAUGAUGGAUUUCUGGCUGAAGGUGGGAGCUGUAGUGGGUGCGUUUAGUGCUGCCCUCCUUGUCGCUCUCACAUGCCACUUUUGGAAGAAGAACAAAAAGCUGGAGUACAAGUAUUCCAAGUUGGUGAUGUCAGCCAAUAAGGAGUGUGAGUUACCAGGAGCAGACAGCUGUGCCAUCAUGGAGGGCGAGGGAGAGGAGGUGGAGGAUGAUGUAGUUUACACCAAGCCCUCUUUACUGGGCAAGCUGAAGGCCAUCGCUACCAAGGGCAACGAGCAGAGCUCCGAGGCUGUCCAGCUGAAAUCCUCCCAGCCGGAGAAAUGGGUGUGGGGAUAGAGGGAGGAGGAAGAGCAAAAGAGACAGGGUGGAUGGAUGGAUAGAGACUUUGAAGCUGCUCUUCAUUGGGAACGUGUACGCAUGCAGUGGCACUAAGCCAGACAGUGGAAGAGCUUUGGAGUAAAGAGCCGUGGGGAUUUGGGCCAGAAGAACAGAAAAGCAGAGCCUGUAAGACGGUUCUGUUUGAUGUCAUUAUCAUGUCGCUGUGCAAUCUGUCUGUCUGUUGGGUUGUGUGUCUCCUUUUGUAAUAAUAUUAUAAUACCAUUUAGGAUUUGGGACUUUAUUAGUAGGGUUAUGCUACUUUGGGCUGCACACAAAUGCUGGAAUUUAGGAACAGUUAUAACGUAUUUGUAAAUUGAAUCAAUGUAAAAUAUACUAGCUGUGUUUAAACGUGACACCCUGUCAACAGUGUAGUAACGAAGUCUAGACACCAAAUCAUCUGAACAAAUGAAAAGCAACCCAAAUAAAUCCACUGUGAUCACACCUCUCUUAAUUAAAAAGUCAAAGUAUCUUCAGGAGAUAUACAUAACUGUGAAUUUUAUAAACUGGGGAGCUGUAUGUCAGAGUAAUUAAACCUGGCAGCUUUGGGACCCAGUUGAUGGAUCUAAAUCAGGAUUCCCUGAUACCAGUCCUGAAGAGCUGGGUCCAGCAUAGUUUGGUGUUUUCCUUGCUGAAAUACACCUGGUUUAACAUUGUAGGACUUUUUGAGCAGGAAAAUCAUUAAACUGUCCUUGAAUCCAACUCUCUAGGACUGGUCUAAAUAUACAGUGGGGUUAAAAAGUAUGAGGCCAGACUAAAAAUCUAGGAUUUUUGUUUCUACUUAAAACUGAAAAUAAACAAAGUUUUAGAAUUUUGAAAACACGAAAAUCUUAAAUAUUUAAGAUGAAAAUUUCGCUAAGUCACUAUUUAAACUGAAGCAAAUGAUCAUGUUAACGCCUUUGUGCCAAGGUUCACAGUUUCAUUGACUACGAGUACCAUAUUAAUCGGAGUUUGUCAAUAUUCGAAUUAGUAUUGAGUCAUGUAAAAGCCGCAAUCCGAUUGCAUGAUUCAGUUUAAGGAAAUAUUCUGAUUCUCCAAAUUCUGAUCUGAAUAUGUCUUUUUUAAUUGGAAAUUUGUUGCAUGUAAACACUUAUUCAGAAAAUCCACUGAAAGGAGAUAUGUGCGCAUGCUCAGCCCGCAGGGAAUUGUGGGUGCUAACAGAUGCUUAGCUGUAGGCUAGGUAUUUAGCAAUGGUAACUCAGGCAUACUUUCAACAACCAUGUAUACAGGAAUACUCCGAUAUCUGUAUGCAUAUAAACAUUGUAUUCGGAAUAUUGCUGUAACCUGAAUAUAGACCUUAAACAAAAUUUGAUGUACAUGUAAACGUAGUCACUGAGACUUAUCCCUUCCACUGAGGCAUGUGCACGGACGACACGCUGAUGGAUUUGAUCUAACAUCCGGGUUUUCACAAACUUGUGGAAUCCAUGCCAGCUUGAGUUCAUGCUGUCAUUAAAGCAAAAUUCAUGUACAUAUUUUUAAGAUUCUAAAUUUCACUCAAUUUGUUGCUGAUAUAAACUGUAAUCAAAAAUGUUGUAAUAAAUUAGAAGAGAAUGCAAAAUAGAAGCAUUUUCACUAGUGGUCUCAGACUUUUGCACCCCAUUGUAUUUCAUGUCAUUAUUAGCUCCGCCCUCUGAAUGCUUCGAUAUCUAUAUAUGAGCAUUUAGGAGAUAAGAUCUCUUUAGACAGGACAAACUGACUCUAGCAGAAGAGGAUGGAGUGCCUUUGCUGUUCCCUUUCAUUUUUCCUCUGCUUUUGACAACAGUGAAGUAAUUAAUUGUAUUGAGUGAAUAUUCAUAAUAUUAUUUUACAUUGUUCUUGGAGUGAAAUGAAAGCCAUACCAUUGUGUUGUACUGAAAUGUGGGGUUUCCUGAUAUGAGUUUUGAUAAUAAAUUACGAUUUGCACUGAAAUUGUGUCAUUAUAUUCUGCAGUGGCUUUUGAACUAUUUAGAAUUUUUUUUUAUUUCUAUUAACUUUCUGGCUCUUUCCUCACUCCAAAUGCCACCUCGUACACGACUCCAUGUCCAGCUCUCGCACGGCACUGAGAGUGGAUUAGAACGGACUGACUGAAAACCUGAGAAAUUGCAAUCCUGCUGUUGUUAUUUUUUUUUUAUAAAGUCCUUCACAAGGUCCAUUAGAAAACCACAGAGGAACAGAGGAAGCGCAAUUCACAGGUUCUACCCAAAAACUCACACCUUUGCCAACCACACACUAGCUCUGACUCAGACUCGCUCACCUGUCCUCUUUUUCCUGAGAGGAAGUGCUGUAGUUGAUAAAAGGUGGCUUUUCAAAGGGUUCAGCACUUCCACUGCAUUA